AUGGAAAAACUUGAAUAUCGAGCAUACAUUAAAACUCGUGCUCUACUUGGAGUUUCAGCACAAGCCAUAACUGAUAAAUUGGUUUUAGUUUAUGAUGACCAAGCUCCAAAAUAUAGUACAGUUGCCAAAUUGGCUACUUUAUUUAAAGAUGGUAGAGAGAGUCUUGAAGAUGAUCCUCGCUCAGGGCACCCUAAAACCACGUAUACAGCUGAGAAUAUUGAACGUAUGCGAGCCAUUAUUGAAGAAAAUCCACAUGCAACACAUAAUAUAACUGAAGCUUUAAUAUCAAUUAAUCGUUUUACAAUUAAAGAAAUUAUUCACAACGCACUUAAAAAAAGAAAACUAACAUCACGUUGGAUACCCCAUGAGUUAACCAAUGAAAAUCGAAAGAAAAGAGUUGAGGCAUGUAAGGAAAAUUUAGCCCUGUUCAGAAACGGCCAAUGGAGGCUAUGCGAUAUUGUUACAGGGAAUGAGUCAUGGUUUUAUUUGAGACAAGUAGGACACAAGUCAGCUAACGCUAGUUGGGUCGGUGAAGGUAAAAAUCCAAAAACUAUAGUAAGAUGCGAUAGGUUUCAGCCAAAAAGCAUGUUCUACAUCUUCUUUAAAACAACAGGUGUUGUUCAUUCGGUUUAUGUUGAAAAGGGAGACACCAAUACUAGCGAAUAUUAUAAAAAAAGUUGUUUGAACCUCUUAUAUGCAAAUUAA